UAGCAUGGCUUCCGAUUUACACCCAGUCUGACUGCAGUGCAGCAGCAGCGGAAAGGACCGAGUGGGCUGUUUCCAGUUGAGCUCGAUAAGGGUUUACCUGCCACUGUUUAUUAACCUUCAUUUCUAGCAAGAUGGGAACAAGAGACGACGAGUACGACUACCUGUUUAAAGUGGUUCUAAUUGGAGAUUCUGGUGUGGGGAAGAGUAACCUCCUGUCCCGCUUUACCCGCAACGAGUUUAACCUGGAAAGCAAAAGCACCAUUGGAGUGGAGUUUGCUACUCGCAGCAUUCAGGUGGAUGGGAAGACUGUAAAAGCCCAGAUAUGGGACACGGCUGGGCAGGAGCGCUACAGAGCCAUCACUUCAGCGUAUUACCGUGGUGCUGUGGGGGCUUUGCUGGUGUAUGACAUUGCCAAGCAUCUGACCUAUGAGAAUGUGGAGCGCUGGCUAAAGGAGCUAAGGGACCACGCAGACAGUAACAUUGUUAUAAUGCUGGUUGGUAACAAAAGUGACCUGCGCCAUCUCCGGGCUGUGCCCACUGAUGAGGCACGUGCAUUUGCAGAGAAGAAUGGAUUGUCUUUCCUAGAGACAUCAGCUUUGGAUUCCACUAAUGUGGAGACAGCCUUCCAGACCAUCCUGACUGAAAUCUACCGCAUCGUGUCCCAGAAACAGAUGUCAGACCGCCGAGACAACGACAUAUCGCCCAGCAACAACGUGGUGUCCAUCCAGGUGCAGCCCACUGAGAACAAGCCAAAAAUGCAGUGUUGCCAGAACAUCUAGCCCCCUCUAUGACCUCCUUUUCCUGUAAAGCCCACCUGCAGAAAAACCCUCAUCCCUCCCUCUCCUCCUAUUGGGAACCCCUUCCCCUCCUUCCCCACCACUUCUUAAAGACUGCUUUGGUUCAGAGGCGCAGCUGCACGCUUGGGCUAGAGCACAGAAGCUGUGUUUCCAAACCUCAGAUUUCAAAAGGGUUACCACCUGCGCUCUGAACUAACAUUUAGUUUUUUGUUUGUUUAUUUUUUUGCUAUGGUAGGCUUUUUUUAAUUGCAAAAUUUUAAUAAUCAGUUGUGCCGAUCUUCACUGAAACGUCUUAGUAUACUCUUUCGUUUAAGAACAGUGUGAGGUUUGUUCAUGUCAAUGUCUUGUGCAGCUGGCCCAGGUCUGUGCCUGAGACUGUCUUGAGAUUAGACACUGACAUUAAGGAGGGGUUGCUGUAUGCUGUAGAGAACUUGGAUACUAAAUGCUAAGACUAGCAUUGGGCCCCAGAGAUCAUCAAUUUUGGAUAUGGCUGCGUGUAUGCCAAUGCUUCUCUUUGCAUGUAAACUUAAAUUCCAUCUUAGGAGCACUCCUGUAAUUGUAUUUUUGACAGUAUCUGAACAGAUAGUGUAACACGUCAGUCAUGAUUGCUGUUGCUCCUGUGGUCUGUAAUGUAGAAUAUGCUUGCAUGCUUUAAAUCAGCAUUCUGGAAAGAGGAGUGGGAAGAUGUUCUUUGGUGCAUGUGACAUGAGACAUGACUCCUUACACUGACUGAGAGCUCCUCAUGCUGCUGCUGGUUCCAUUCAUCCUGUGCAUUUCUUGAAGAGUAGUGGUUUUAGUGCCUUUCUUAGUGGAAUGUCACACAGGGAAGCUUCCAUUUUUGUCCAUGUGCUCACAUUGUUGGCUUUUUCCCUCCUGCUUUUUAAAGCUCUGCUGGAAAGUCUUCAUCACAUGGUAGCAUCAUUAUGACUACUGCCAUGUUUCACCCAGGUACCUGCCCUCUGAUGUCACCUCAGCUUUUUUAGCUAGAUUAUUAACAGCGAGAUUAAAUCAUGUAGGAAACAUUUUAAUAGAAAAACAUCUAAACUUAGAUUUUGAUGGCAGUGUAGGUAUAUGUUUUAACAGCAGUGCAACACUAAGAUUUAUGUAGUGUAGUAAAUGAGGACCGAGAUCUUGGACUAUAAAAAUGUUGAACAAACUUCCCAUUUAGUGUACCACAUUCCUUAGUCAAUAGAAAGAAUAGCCAGACCGUUGCACAUAAGACAUAUUUGAUUAUUGUAGGCUGGAGCUUUUCAAUGUUUUUGCACCAACCACACUAUUUCUUUCCAUAUCUAAUCCACACUACAGUUUAAUUCUUUAGUAUUUAUUCUAUAGUAGCCAGCUGAUUUAUUGUUUUGUGCCUAUUAUGUAAGAUUCUUGACAUUUACGGACAGUACUAUGUUUCUGAUCAAAAUGAAUUACGAAUGUAUGAUGUAUUGUAGCCCAGUAUAAUCAUGUUGUGAUUGUAAAAACAAGCAUUCCUAUGAUUCAGCAGAUGUGGGGAACAUUAUAAACUGCAAAUCAUUUUCGCACCAAGGCUGCCUAAGGGAUAGUAUUGUGUGUACAAUAGAAAUGGUAGUGAGGACAAUAUGCAUGAUCUGUUCUGGUAUAUACUUAUAACCCUACAUGCUCUCUAUUACACUUAAAUGUUAAAAAGAGGAGAAUCUCUACAGCUAAAAUUAUAAUGUAGGUUUGAAGCAAAGUCAGUCAUGGUGAAAUCAGUAUGAACAUUGCUAUAUGGCAGUCUGAAGCAAAAUAGAAUAGUUGUUAAGAAAAUUAUAUACCUGUCAAGUUGGGCACUAUGUCUUUCUCUAUGCAUUUCGUGACUGAUAUCGGGCCGUUCUCCUAAUUGGCACUUGGGAGCCUGAAACCAAUCAUGUACCUGACUGGUAGAGGCCUAAAGGGCAGUGCCAAUGAUGUAUGGGUACAGAUGGCACAGUUAUGCCCAACCUAAGCACUGCACAUAGCUAGUGUUUUAUGUUUAUCUGGAUAUUGAUGUUAUGUCAGUUAUCUUUCACAUAUUGCCUCAAAAACAUUUGUUUGUCUGUGCUGUACUGUGAUUUUUUUUUUAUUUUAUUUUAAUCAUUAUUCUAUUACUCUAUCCACUGUAAUUAAAAUUUUAAAGUGAAAAAUAAAAUUCCAGUUAAGUGAGUAA